AAGCUGAAUAUUAGGGGUUAACGGGAAUUAAACGGGUUUAAGGAAAAAGGUAUCACCGCCGGCAGUGCCAGCACUGUCAAACCUACUAGCACGAGCAGCGCGACCAUCCGCUGGGCAACUGUCAACCCAACAUCAAUCCACAGCACCGCCGGCACUCAUCAUCUGCCGAUCCACUAUCAGUUAGCAGCACUAGCAUUAUCCUCCGCCGACGCUAAUCCGUCAGCGCCUCCAGUUCUACCCUUUUUUGGGUCUCUAUCUGUUAACGCCUUCCUUGGUCACUCAAAUGCCAUGGAACCGGAGUUAAACGAAGACAGCAGCAACCUUUAUUUCAAAUAUAAAAACCAUGAGAGAAAUGCGUUUAAUGCCCUCUUUCCUGGUCAGCCGUACGGACAAUGGACGCUAAAAAGCCUCUACUCAAAUGUUGCCAACGUGGCCCCGAAUCUCCAACGGCAGCAGCUCUCGCUUAUUCUUAAUGACUUUAAGCAAUCAGUUAAGGCACGGAAGGAGCACUCGCUGGGCAAGCGAUAUGGACAUUGGCAGAUUCGGCAGCAACAUGCUGCAUUUGAAACCCUAAUCCAACAGAUAAUUGACCUUCUCGAAACCGUGACGACUAAGACGGAUGAUAAAAUGCGCCAUCAAAAAAAAGGGUUCAAAGACAAUUCGUUACUCGGCGAAGCCGAUUUCGCCCGUUUCCUUGAAGAUAUCGAGCUGCUGGUCGAACAAGCUUCGGCUCUGUGGCUGCGGGCCGCUGCUGGGGACAUUCGUUACUCUACAGCUUCAACGAAUAUUCCACAGUUUCUAAAAGAUAUGGUGAAACCUAUGAUGGAAGCAAAUAUUCCACCGGCUUACGCGCCGAUUGCGGCGCAGAUGAUUAUCCGACACGAAAAUGCACUUUUCGGAUGCGAGAAACCUUUCGCAGUGAACGUAAUUCCUUUCGAAGCUGUCGUAGCAGCCUCUUACGUUAGAAAGAUCCUCGAUUCUGCGGAUCAUUCUUCCCUUUCUCAAAUCGUUCAAACGCGAAUACGUGAAGCCGAUAUCGAAACUCAAGAAAACCGGGGGUCCUACAAUGCGAACGACUAUUCCGAAUGGAAAUCACUUUUAAAUAAGAUUCGACGCUGGGCUUCGAACUAUCCCGGCCCGGUUAGCCUCGCCCACUUACUAGUUUAUCUCGAAUGCCAAAUUUGCAAAUGUCGUAAAUCUUUCAUUUAUGGAAGUGCCCAUUUGCAAACUUUUGCCUAUAUAUGCGAAAGUAUCCGUUUUAAUGGGAUGCAGCUACCGCCGGCAUUAGAAGCGCUAUUUAACAAUUCUAGCAUCUCCCCCUUCCUUUGGUACGCCGGGAGGCCUAAAAACCUGAAAGACUGUCUUAUAGGCAUUGAAAAAUGGAGCGACCCCUGUGAACUGAACGGCCGUAGCAAAAAGUUAACCCAACACAUCUUCGAAUCAAGAGACAAGCCUAUGCUAGCCGAAAGAAUUAUCGAAAGUGGAGGCAAACUAACGCGUGCUAUGCUCCGCAAUUCCAAAUCCAAAUGGGACACCCUCGAAAUUUAUCUGGAACGCGAACUUGAUGUUCCUAAUACGAUAAGCCUUGAAGAUUGCCUUGAUAGGGGCGCUCGUUUUCUUGCCGCCAAAACCGACAUGCGGGACAUCUGGAACACGAAAGCAUCUCGCUGGUUCUAUAUACGAUACAAGGUGCUUGGAUCCUUCAAACUGGAAAACGAGCUUUUGGACGCGUUUAUGCAAGAAUGGAACUAUGUGAUGGGCACUAGCGAGAACUAG